AUGGUCAAUGUGCAAUUAUGGCAAAAUCCUGGCUUCCCAGAUGUUUCAAUUCUUCAAGAUAUAACUACCGAGAUUUUAAUUAAUUUUCGAAAAUGUAAAGAAUUGAGAGCCAGACUUCAAAUGCCAAAUAACGAUAUUAAUGAAUUAAGUCGUAUGUUCAACGAUUUAACUGAGCAAAGGGCCGUAAAAUCAUUGAGAAUGUCAAGAUAUGCAGGCGAUAUAGUUGAAUAUAUACAUAUGCUUACAGAGGAAAAUGUGAGCGUUAGUGCAAUUAUUCAGACUCUGAAUCUGUUAUUGAAUACGGCUAAAUCUCAGAAAGAUGACUGUGAAAAAUUGAAGAGAGAUUACAAUUCCUUUUACAACAUUUUGAAAAAUCUUAGAAUUGAUGACUAUGAAAAUAACGAAAUGGAAGAUAAAGAUGUUAAUAUUAAGUUAUUGAUUAUAGAAUCGAUUGCUAAACCAGCAUUAUUUUUUUUUAUUGUAUGGCUUUUGACAUGCUAUAGUAGAGACUAUGUCUACGAUUUUAGUAAAUUCAUAAUUGAUACCAUUUAUCAACGUACGUCCGAUGAUUCACAAAAAUUAUUAGAAAAAAAUGAGGAUCCCAUGGGCUCGGGUUAUUCAAACUUGAAUGAUGUUUUCCCGCAAUAUGGUGAAAUGAAUGUAGAAUCUCUUACUGCAUCCCAAAAAAUUUUUAAUUCUAGAGAUAACACGCACGCAACUUCUGUCAACUUUAACGAUAUACAACCUGUUUUUUUGUCAUCGCCAAUGAUUGCAGGCUAUGCUUUAACCUUAUAUGUUUGUAAAAAGAGAAAACCGUUUUUUAGACGGUGGAGAAUAUUAUUGAAUCGUUUUGGUACGAAUAUUUACAGAUGUUUUACCCGAAAUGGAUAUGAGCAGAUCCCUACAGAAAAUGAAAGAGCUAGUCUUGUGCAAUAUAUUGAAAGGAUUAGAGAUCGAUUUCCAGUAAUCAUAGACAACAUUGAUUUAUUAUGCCAAUUUUGGGAUGCACAGAUCGUUACUAUCAACGAUAAUAUUUCAUUUUUAAAGUCAGUAGAUGCGACUAAGGAAGUCAAGAUACCCCACCAAAUCGGGAUGGAAAUUGAGAAACUUUGGAAUGAGGAACACCUUCGUUGUAGAAGUUGUCAUUAUAAUUUGAAUGAACGUGUUAUUUUGAAUUCUAUGCCUGGAAUUAAUGUAAUUAAUUUAUUGAUAUCUUUAAAUCACAUUUUCUGCACAAUAGAUACUAACAAAAAAAUUUUAAUGCCUAUUUAUUUGAAAUAUAGUGAUGAUUUAUUAUUAUUUUGA